AGGGAUCAGUCAUCCAAAACCCCAAUAUUACACUUUACACUCAUUUUUUUCUUCCAUAGCUCUUAUUUGAAGUUUGAAUACCUUAUUAUUACAGUAACUAAAGUGAAGAUUAUAACAUUACAAAAGCACUUUCUUUUGCUUUAAACCCACCAAAAAGCCACUCUCUUUUUCAUUCAUCUCCUGAUAAUGUAAAACAAACUGAAGAAUUAAGCUUUGUAGCAACUGGGUUCUUGUUUUAUUUUUCUGGGUUGUACUUAAAACUUCAAAAAGAUUGUUUUUUUUUUUUGUAAAAAGAAGAAUGGCUUUGUCCAAACUCUUUCCUUUUUUUCUUGUUGUCUACAUUUGCCUGCUUCUUACAUUGUGUUCUGCUGAAGAUGCUACUGUUUCUUACAAUUUUGUAGUCUCUUACAUUGAAGCUUCUCCUCUUGGUGUGCCUCAGCAGGUUAUUGCUAUAAAUGGGAAGUUUCCUGGUCCUACUAUAAAUGUGACCACUAACAACAAUGUCGUUGUCAAUGUUAGAAACAAAUUGGAUGAAAGUCUUCUCAUGCAUUGGUCUGGAAUUCAACAAAGGAGGAGUUCAUGGCAAGAUGGAGUUCUUGGCACUAACUGUCCAAUUCCUCCAAAGUGGAACUGGACUUAUCAGUUCCAGGUUAAGGAUCAAAUUGGCAGUUUCUUUUACUUUCCUUCUCUUCAUAUGCAGAGAGCUUCUGGUGGAUAUGGUGGCUUUAUUAUUAAUAACCGUCCUGUUAUUUCAAUUCCUUUUGAUACUCCAUCUGGGGACAUUGUCAUUAUGAUCGGUGAUUGGUACAAAAGAAACCAUACGGCUUUGAGGAAGGCCCUUGAUGAUGGGAAGGAUCUUGGGAUGCCUGAUGGAGUUCUUAUCAAUGGCAAAGGCCCUUAUCAGUAUAACACUACUCUUGUUCCUGACGGCAUUGAUUAUGAGACUAUUGAAGUCGAACCAGGGAAAACUUAUCGGAUUCGCGUACACAACGUCGGAACAUCAACUAGUUUGAAUUUCAGGAUUCAGAACCAUAACCUGCUUUUAGCAGAAUCGGAGGGAUCAUACACAGUGCAACAGAAUUAUACUAGCUUAGAUAUUCAUGUAGGACAAUCUUAUUCAUUCCUGGUAACCAUGGAUCAGAAUGCAAGUUCUGAUUACUACAUUGUAGGUAGUGCUAGGUUUGUAAAUGAAUCACAAUGGAAAAGGGUUACCGGUGUUGCUAUCUUGCACUACACAAAUUCCAAAGGCAAGGCAAAGGGCCCUCUCCCUGUUGCACCAAAUGAUGAAUUCGACAAAACAUUUUCAAUGAACCAGGCAAGAUCUAUCAGGUGGAAUGUGUCUGCCAGUGGUGCACGUCCUAAUCCACAAGGUUCAUUUAGAUACGGCUCAAUCAACGUGACUGAUGUUUAUGUAUUGAAAAAUAAGGCACCGGUGACUAUUAAUGGGAAAAAACGAACCACUCUGAGUGGGGUAUCAUUUGUCAAUCCUUCUACUCCAAUUAGGCUUGCAGACCGGUUCAAAGUGAAGGGCGUUUAUAAGCUUGACUUCCCUUCUAAGCCACUUACUGGACCACCUAAAAUGGAAACAUCAGUAAUUAAUGGGACAUACAGAGGAUUUAUGGAAGUCAUCCUGCAGAACAAUGACACAAAGAUGCAGAGCUACCACUUGAGUGGAUAUGCAGUCUUUGUUGUUGGGAUGGAUUAUGGUGAAUGGUCAGAGAACAGCAGGGGCACAUAUAAUAAAUGGGACGGAAUUGCACGCUCCACAGUACAGGUUUAUCCUGGAGCCUGGACAGCAAUUUUGGUAUCACUUGACAAUGUUGGAGUGUGGAACCUGAGAACCGAAAAUCUCGACUCCUGGUAUCUCGGGCAAGAAACAUAUGUUAGAGUUGUGAAUCCAGAGGCAACUAAUAAAACCGAGUUGCCUAUGCCGGACAAUGCCCUCUUUUGUGGUGCUCUCAGCAAAAUGCAGAAGCCACAAGACAUCUCUUCUUUUGCCGUAUCAAUGAGAGGUGACAGAACAAAGCUGUUAUUCACAUUGCUGAUGAGUGCUUAUGCCCUGAUUUCGAGUUUUUAGCUGAUUGUUGCUUUCGGAUGACUUGCUGUUUGUCUUGCGUGUUCGAGUUUGAGCCUGUGUGACUUUUGAGUGUUAGGUGUGUAAUUCUAGUCCUGUCGAUAAGAAAUUUUUACAGUGAUUUUGACUUGUAAUUCUUAGAAUCUUCCUUCUUGCUGAGUUCCUUGUUUAAUUUAUUGGAAUCAUCAUUCUUUUAAUUCUUGUAACUUAUGUGCUGAUGACAAUUCAUCAGAUUUUCUAAUACAUUUAGCUUCCUGGAAA